UCGGGCGUGUCGCAUAGCCGGCCGUCCGGUUCUGUAAACGAAAGUUGUGCUCGCUUCUUCCUCGCGUGGCGCGCACUUUGGGAGCGUCGGUGAGGAGGAGCACCCUCCGUUGACUGGCGGUUGCCCUCAGGGGACCGGUGGUGCGCCGUUGGAGAAGUCAGUCAGCUGAGCCUUCCAUCCUCUGAGUCGUGAGGAUGCGGGUGUUCGGCCUGGAGGACCUUCACCAACUGGUGGCCAAUCAGUGCCAGCAGGCCUGUCUACUGGCUGGACUCUGCCAGCAAAGACGACCAGGGCAUGCGCCUGCUAGUGGACUGGCAAAGAAACAAAGGCUGUUGAAGGUUCUGAAGUCAAGGCAUCACAGAAGUACUCACUGCUACCGAGCCAUGUGUUUCUGGUGUCAUAUAUUCCUGUGCGUGCUGAGUGCGGUGCCAUCCCUGGAGGCCAAAGAGACGCCCGAGCGGUUCCGCGACCACGAAUACUUCCUGCGCAAACUCUUUGACAAGUAUGGGCACGACGGCAAGAUGACCUUCGAGGGCUUCGAGCAUCUCCUCGAAAACCUCGGCCUGGCACACAUCACCAUCCACGAUCACGACCUGUCCGCCCACCGGCCGGAAGGUGCAACUGUGGGGUUUGUGAAUCGUCAUGCUCACCACGUGCACGUCGACGGGGCGGGUGCUGCUACCGUUGUGGAUGAACACCACAAUCACGACCACGGGCAUGGUGGCGAUGGGUCAGAUCAUACGCAUGUGUCGGAGGGAGAUCAUCAUGCGAGGGUGCAGAGGGACCUCUCUAGUCAGGAUCACACAGAGGUAGUUGAUUCCUCUAAUAGAACAGAUGCUCCCAGCGUGCCAAAGGUUUCAGCCACCACAAGGACAGCAGAAGUCUCGUUUGAAAAGUGCCUAACAGCAACAGAAAUCCUACACACUGUAGACACAAGUCCCGAGGUGAAUGUCAUAAACCUGAAGGACUUCCAGCAACUAUGUCCGGCGCUGGUCUAUCAGCUGGACGAGAAACAUUGUUCUGUGCCACAGUUAAACCGGCACAUCCACCAUCAUAGCGACGGUGAUGAAGAGACAACGGUAGACUUCAAAGUGUGGAUGUAUGCCUUCCUUGGUGUGCUCGGCAUCAGCCUGACAGGCCUGCUGAGUGUGGCCAUAGUGCCACUUAUGCAGAAAGUCUUCUACCACACGCUCAUUCAGUUCCUGGUGGGGCUAGCUGUCGGGAGCCUAACGGGCGAUGCCCUCCUGCACCUCUUGCCCCAUGCCAUGUCUGGCCACCACCAUGAGCACUCUGAAGAAGGUGGUGACGGGGAGAACUAUGUGUGGCAUGGCCUUGCUGCGCUGGGAGGCAUCUACCUGUUCCUGAUCGUGGAACGCUUCCUCUCCAUACACUCAAACCACAAGCAUCGCAAGCACAGUCCACGUUCCAACAACAGCAUACAGUCAAACCCAACGCCAAAGAGGCUUCGGCGCUCCUCUCAAGAUGAUCAGAGCAAGGUUGUGGGAGAGAAGCUGUCCCACCACAAGCAGGGCUCCUAUGGCUUCGUGGACCCCUCAGGAAUGGAAGCCCUUGAACGGCUAACAGCAGUUCCUGCUGAGGAACUGGAGCUGUCUCCUUUGGGUGAGGGCUAUGUGGAGAUCAUGGACAUUCAUGACUCCGAGCUGCAUCCCAUGGCUGGCAUGGAGACCCAGCCUGAAAAGGACCUCCUGGUCAUAGUCAAGAAUGGCGGCUCUAAGCUGCCCACCAACCCAAGGUGUCCGCCAUCACCUUUGCCACAGGAAGAGGAGAACCACAGGCAUCCUCUUUGCCACAGCUCUCGGGACCCAGGCACGGAGGAGUGCCACACGGAAACCUUGGUCUAUCGCCAGACCGGUGAAGAGCACAGCUUCACGCUAACCGUGGCCGAUCACCAUCACCACCACCGCCACAGCCACGCACAUAGCCAUGAGGUGCCAUCUUCUAUAGCUGCCAUGGCCUGGAUGGUGAUCAUUGGUGAUGGGCUUCACAACUUUUCCGAUGGACUUGCUAUAGGUGCAGCAUUUGCAUCGGGUCUUUCUGGUGGCCUUAGUACAACCAUCGCUGUGUUCUGCCAUGAACUUCCACACGAGCUGGGUGAUUUUGCGGUGCUUCUCAAGGCGGGCAUGUCGGUGAAGCAGGCCGUAUUCUACAAUAUAGUGUCAUCUGUGCUGUGCCUACUGGGAAUGGCCAUCGGCAUCUCUCUAGGAAAUGUCCACUCGGCCUCAUCGUGGAUUUUUGCGGGGGUCGGUGGCAUGUUCCUCUACAUCGCUCUGGUUGACAUGCUUCCGGAACUGUCAGUCAACCCCAACUACGGCAAUGCGAGGGCUGUGCACCAGCUUGGAAUUCAGCUGCUCGGUAUAUCGCUGGGGGUGACUACAAUGUUUGUGAUUGCUCUGUACGAGCGAGACCUCCAAAGACUCAUGAGCUCUUAGUUUCUUGCCCUACACUUGAAAGGAGUCAGCAGUGUACACCAGUGUGGACACAUCAUUCACCAUUCUCUCCGACUGCUUCACCCAACGACUUCAUGCUGUGGUUGCGUUCUUCCGGUCGAGGCCUUUCAUGCAGCAAGAGCAAGAUGUCAGCGAAGGUUUGCUGGAAGAAAGCUUUACCAUACCUGCAGUUCUUGAGCUCCAUCGGUUGUGGAUAGCCAUUUGUCAGAGGUGUGUGCAGUCUCCAAUCAAGCCUGCAUCCUUGGUGUGUGUGUGUUGUGUGCUGAACAGUGCUGUGUUCACGAUUGUGGACUAGCUCGUGAAACGGUGCAUAGCAUUAGCAACAAUGAUGCCUAGGUAAUUUAUGUGUGAUAACAAUCUAGCAUGCUGCGUUUAGCAAUACAGUGCAGCACCUUUGUUCCGGACAUCCUGCAUGAUUGUGUAAUUGAUGCCUGUUACUUUUGUUUGUAUCCCUUCCCACUGUUUUUCAUCUGUUAUGUAUGAACAAUCUUGGUUCACACAUACUGUGUGUUCUGUUCUACUUUUUAUUGCCUCUUUUGACUGACGUCAUUUUAUCUCAAGCGAUGGUCGCUUUGGGAAAUUUUCAGAUCCAUAUUCUCUGUGCCAGAACAAUUUAUCAGCAAGAUGCGGUGUAGAAGUCUAUUAUCGCAGAGCUUCUUUUUUUCCUUUUCCUGUGGUAAUCCUGCACUCGAACCGUAAAGUUAGAACAACUCCUGAUGGCAGCUGGAUGGAGUGAGUUUUGCACAUUUCCACCUCAUGAAUGUUUUAAAUGCACUUCAUUAUUUUGCUGUGUACGUGCUCCAGUACUUCACUGUGUUCAACACUGCUGUGAGAGAAGCAGCGCGCGUUUUCCCAACCCCAUUUGGACAUGCCUUAUUUCAUCUAUGCACUACGUUCUUUUUAUCAGACCUCUAAAAAAAUGCAGCUCAUCAUUUUCAUUAAUUUAUGCAGUGUUUGCUGGCAUUUAGUAGAUUGUGUUUGUGAGUAGUUUGGGUGCGCUCCCAGCAUGUGUGUGCGAUCUAUUCAUGCUCGUUACAAUUUUGCAACUGGUGCCAUUGUUCUUUUGUUUUAAGCAUGCACAGUGACAAGAUGUUCUGGUAGUGUUCCUUCGCUUGUUCCUGCUCUGUUUGGUUUGCUUUGCUUAGGUGAACAACCACAGUUUUAUCGUUUUUGUUUGUUGCCCGCAUCUUACAUUUUGCAGUUCGUCUAUACCGGUGCAGACGUGUGAGGAUGUUUGGGCCAAGCGCAAGUGUUUAGCACUGUACAGUUGUCGAUGUGCUUGCACCCACCCACAUAUGUACUUUGUCCGCCGGCAGGCUGUGCUGCCUCGUCUCCCGAGUGGUGCUGCAAUGUUUGAAAAGAUAACUGGUUUGCACAUUUUAUUCUUGACAGCAUAGGUUACACAAAUUGUUGCUGUUCAGACUGAACAGCUUUAUAUUAUAUACAUAUAUCUUUGAUGAUACAUUUUGCUAAUAAAGUCUUUGGGAUGUCA